CCACUCAGACCUAAGUCAGUAUGUCUCAACAUCACUUAAGGAUCUUAAUGGCCUCUAUCUAGGAUAAAUCCACAUCUGGGAUGUCGAAAUAGACCUUUGUUUUCAUCAUCUGGGAUCAUUUUCUUUGCUGAAGUAAAGUCCACUUGGACAAAUACAGCGACUGAGAGCGAUGUCAUCCCAACUGUCUCUAAACAGCGACCAUCUACGCAACAGAAAGCCAACCUCUGACCCAGCUUCGCCCCCGCCUGCCACCAAGGAGAGCCUGAGGCACGAGCGACUAUCGAGACUAGGAUCGUCUGGUUUGUCCGACGUCUCCAACAACACAACCAAAAACCACGCAGAGUCCUACUUCUCACGUCGAGAGAAUAGACUUUCGGCAAGGAAAAAGGCCGAAGAGGAGCUAGCACACAAUGACUAUAAGAAGAUGUAUGAAAAGGCACUCGCCACCAACCAGAGGCUCAAGUCCAGACUGGAAACCAGUAAACAAGAACUGGGUAUGAUCAAAGAGCAGCUGCAAAGAGCUCAGGCAAAGUGUGGUUCCAACAUGCUUGAAACAGAAAAAAAGGACAGCUGGAGUCUUAGGAAGAAGGUAUCAGACAUGGAAGAGCAAGUGAAGGUCAAAGCAGAACUUCACACGGAGAACCAAAGACUGAAGGAUGAAAAUGGAGCUCUAAUCCGAGUCAUAACCAAAUUAUCAAAGUGAUGUCAUUCUCUAAAGAGACGGAUUUGAUUUUACCUGUGUUGCAUCUGCUGCUGAUGAUGUUGAUAAGAACACAGGUGAUCAUUCUGAUGCCCCUGAAAGAUUUUCUAAAAACAUACACAAAAACAAGCAGGUUAUCCAUCAUUCCAGACAAACAGAAUUGAUAAGAUGUAUCCUAGCUAUGUAUAAAGUGUCUCUACUUAGAUUGAUGCAGUUACAGUAUCACCAUGGAAACAGAGAUGCUCCCAUCACCCUGGGAGUGUGAUUUUUGGAGCCUUACCUUGUGAAGAGCAGCGUCACAAUUUCCUCCAAACAAUUAAACACACAAAAAUGAAUAAUUAGAAUACGCAUUAAUACCUCAUAUAAAUAGCAGACAUAUGUAAAGUUCCAUAUGUGCACACAUAUGACCAACCACCAUGCAGUAAAUAUGUUUUAUUUGUAUUGUAUUAAUUUGUGUUAACAUUAAUUAAUAUAUCUUAGUCUAGAAAAUAAAGUUUUUAUUGAUUAAAUAUGUCACAGACAGUGUGUCAUUGUGUUAUAUUGAUUUUAAUAUUCAACGUGAAAAACACUGUUAGAGCCUUAUCUGUGUAUAUUGUGCCACCUACUGUCAAAUAGUGGAAUGGCACCCUCUGCCGAAAAUAAGAUGACAUUAUUUUACAACACACCAGCAACUUAAAAAUACAUAAUGAUGAAUUAAACUAUUUAGUUAUACAUUAGACUUGCUUUUAUUGGUGAUUUACUCGGGAAGUGCAAAUUCUGAUUAAAUUUACAAAUAAAGAAUUAGGUGUCAUUAUU